AUGAGAUUAAACCUUCUUAUCUACAACAGUGUCCUCGGCCGUGAGCAGUCAGAGGGUAUAAAACCAGACCUCCACAGACCUCCUCACACCUCCACAGACCUCCACAGACCUCCUCACUCCUCCUCAGACCUCCUCACUCCUCCACAGACCUCCUCACUCCUCCACAGACCUCCUCACACCUCCACAGGCCUCCUCAGACCUCCACAGACCUCCACAGACCUCCUCACUCCUCCACAGACCUCCUCACUCCUCCACAGACCUCCACAGACCUCCUCACACCUCCACAGACCUCCUCACACCUCCACAGACCUCCUCACACCUCCACAGACCUCCACACUCCUCCACAGACCUCCUCACUCCUCCUCAGACCUCCUCACUCCUCCACAGACCUCCACACACCUCCUCACACCUCCACAGACCUCACUCCUCCAGAGGACCAUGGACACGGCUGGUUUCCUGGUGCUGCUGCUGAGUUCCUCUUUUCUCUUUGAGGGGAAUUGUUUGGAUGAUUCUGGACAAAAGUCUGAGUCUUCUGAGCUCUCUACGUUUGACAUUGAGUCAGUGCUGAGACAGAUGAGCGCUGCACUGUCUGCACAGCAGGUGGAGAUCAGACAUCUGCAGGAGGGGAUCAGACAUCUGCAGCAGGAGAACCAGGAGAAUAAAGUGGAGAUCAAACAUCUGCAGGAGAACAAGGCCAUGAGGACAGAAGUGGACUCGCUCCAAACAGAAGUGGACUCGCUCCAAACAGAAGUGGACUCCCUCCAAACAGAAGUGGACUCGCUCCAAAACAACGACAAAGCUCAAGAGGCUGCACUGGAGCGUCUGCAGACCAGCUCCUCUGUCACUGAACACAAAGUGGAAGCUCUGACUCACGACAAAACAGUGAGGCAGGUGGCCUUCUCUACAGCUCUGGUAGAGUCUGGAUCUCAGCGGUUUGGUCCUUAUAGUGUUGAGACUACACUGGUCUACAAACAUGUGAUCACCAACACUGGGAACGCCUACAACCCACACACAGGGAUCUUCACAGCCCCAGUCAGAGGAGUGUACCACUUCCAUGUUCAUAUUUUAGAAGUCUUUGGAGGUUACGCAGCGAUAGUUUCUCUGGUGAAGAAUGGAUCUAAGAUGGUUACAGCCGUGGAGGCCCAGUCAUCAGAUUGGGGCUCCUCGUCCAACUCCAUGUCUGUGCUGCUGGAGGCGGGAGACGUGGUUUAUGUGGUUCUCUGGAUUAACAGACGUAUUUACGACGACACGGAUCACUACAACACGUUCAGUGGUCACCUGCUGUUCACCGUCUGA